CUGACGAACGCGUAGUCUAUACUUUUAACCCUGCUUUUAGCUAGUUAGCGUUACUACUUGAGAAUUGAUGCGUUAAUGCAUCAUAAUGCAUACAUUAGAGAAGGAAGUUGCGUGUCGAACAUCAUGAGUGACAAAUAAGUGACAUUUUUCAUGAGUCUAAGCAUACGACUGUCGGUCUCAGUAUAGCAGGGCUAGCAGCUAGCUAACUUAUCCUCACAACGGUGGAAGUUACCACAAGUUGAUGUAGGUAGAUUCUAUAUCUUAGGUUAACUUGUGACAGUAUUGCUUCAUAAUGUAACAAUCGUCGGUCGUAAAAUCGCUGAUAAACUGUUCUGACUGUCGACUAUCGUGAAACGCGGCUUAACAAAAAUGGCAAGUACCGUGUUAGAAGUCGGUACGGGCGUUUUCGUUGUUGCGAUUGUUUGGAUUGCGGCUCUUGUGUUUGGGAUGAUGCUGCUGAGAGCAUCUGGAUCAGCAAAGUUAGGAGUUAUCCCUGUGUUCCUCCUGGCUCUCUCCAUCACUUUGGCGCUGGUGUUGUUCCCUCGCAGCCCAGAGACAACUCCCCCUUUCAAAGAGAUAGAGAUAGUGGACACUUUGUUCAUCGGCCGCUAUGUACUGCUGGCGGUGGCGAGUGCAGUCUGUCUGGUGGCGUUCUUCAUGCUGCUCCCCUUUCAUUUCCUGGAGCCAGUCUAUGCCAAGGCCUUAAGAACACACUAGAGCUGCCAGGGUCAGUGCUGGCACUGGGAUCACAUUGCUGAUGUACACAACUUAAGACAUGCAGGGCUGACGAGAGGCCCCCCUUCAUGUGGAAACAGACCACAGAAUGCAUCCCAAACAGCAACAGCAGGAGAGCCAGUGUUUUCUUCAUGGCCAACUGUUUGCAGAUUGUUUGCUGUUUAUGUACAACCAACAGAAACGAGAUAUUCAGCAGUACCUCAGUUGUUUGUGUAUGUUAUGUGUCAUUAAAUACAUUCAAUGAAUGAAUAGUUAAUUAUUUAAUAUGUGUAAAGCUCUACAGUAAUUCCGAGUCAACCAACACUGAAACACUCCCCCCACUUUUUAUAAAGAAAUCUAAUAUUUGCAUUGCUACCCUGCUUUGUCUCAUUUUUAUUACUUGACUUCCUUGAUUCCUGAAGUACUGUCUGGCUGAGGUAACAAUUUAAGAUGUUAGUGACAGUAAAUGACCACAAAUAAAAGCCCAUAGGACUCUUUUUGACGGUGUAGUAAUGUUGAAUGUGUUUGCCAGAAAAAAUGUGCCAUGUUCACACAUUCAUUUAAAAUCAGAAAGUAAUUAAAUAUCACAUGGACAAGUACAUGCAGACUCAAUUAGAAAAUAAACUGGAUGGAUAAAUAGAAUUCAGGGAGUGGGAGUCAAGGAAUAUGUUUUAUUGUGUUUGUGAUGCCUGGUCAUUUAAAUAUAAUGGUUUGUGCUUUGCAGUUGGUUCACAUGGUUAUCAUUGGUGCCUUUAUAUGAUGAUGAAUUAUUAGCAGCUUUCUUCACUUCACAGUGUAAAAGUAUAUCAAUCAUUUGCGUCACUGCUGUCUGGCUAACAGUUAAACCUGUGUGU